GCGAAGAGUGUACAACUUACAAGAUAAUAAACACCAACUUCCUGUUUACAGUCAGACGCGAAGCUGUAAGCAAAAAGGCACCGUUUUGUCAUCUCAAAUGACCAGUCAUGUGACAGAGGUGUACUAAAAACUGAUGUCUCCAUUUGUUUCUUCACUUGGCUCUGAUUCUUCACGGAGGAUACCGGACAGAGGUUAUCCAACAUGCUAGUUUUGGUCUUUGUUACAGCCUUGCUGGCUUUUGCAUCCAGCAAACCCUGUCAUACUGGAGGAGACAACAGUGAGCUGCUCCUGUCACUCAACAAGAAUCUCCUUCAGUCUUUGGAGACGCAAGAAGGACUCCCCAAUCCAAGUAUCCACUUGGCGUUACGGCUUUCUGAUAACCACAACCUCGCCAAGGAAAGCGAACACCUCACCAAACUCAAAACUGAUUUGCACAAUCACCUGCAAAGCUCUAUUUCAAGCAGCCAGUCAGUGGUUGGGCUCUUGGCGCUGUACACCCUUGCUCUGAGGUCCUCAUGCUAUGACCUCAACACAGUCACAUUCACCGUGGACGGCAAGAGUGAGACACUGCUGACACAACUGAAGAAGCAGAUGGAACGUGAGAAAGACAACAUUGCCUUCAGCCAUCGCCCUUUGACCAACUAUUACCAGUACUCUCUGGGUGUGCUCAGUCUGUGCGUUAGCGGCAUCAGGGUCAACAAUCAUGUCACCCACAAGCUCAUCAAAGCAGUAGGACAUGAAGAUUGUGGGGGUGUUGACACCUCUGCCAUGGCUGGAAUGGCACUGCAGUGUGUGAAGGACUCAGGCUCUCAUGCACACACUGCAGAGCUCGACACAGCCCUUGGCACGAUCAAGCAGAAGCUCCUGGCUUCUCGUAGGGCUGAUGGUCACAUCGGCAAUGAGUUCAGCACAGGUCUUGCUGUUCAAGCAUUACUGGCAAUGGGCACUGAGGUCGCCGAAUGUGAUGCUUCAAUGGAGGCCAUGAGAGCAGCUGCCAGAAGUAACACAUACCACAACCCCAUGGCUGUAUCGCAGACGCUGCCGGCUCUCCAGCAAAAAACCUACCUGACAGUUAAAAGCAAGGCGUGCCUCAAUGAGGAUGACACUCUGGUCCUCGAGCCCACAGAUCCUGUGGUCGUUUUGCCAAGCGAGAGCACAGUGCGUGUGCAGGUGGAAGUGGUGACGUCCAGCGGAGCGGCAGCACGUUACCCUGUGGACGUGCCGAAGGGCAGCUCACUGUUGGAAGCCUUGGAACUGCUCAAGGGGAAAAAUGUUGGCUUCACGUUUGACAAAGAGUCCAGCAUGUGGGGACCUUUCUUAAGUGUGGUGAAUGGAGAGCAAGCCCGACAGAGCGACCGCAGAUACUGGCAACUCUCUUCCAACGGUUCACCUCUCACUGAAGGUGUCGGGGAUUUCAAGAUACAGACGCCUCAAACGAUUUCCAUCAGAAACACAGCCUACUGAUGAUGCAGCAGGGAUUGACGUGAAUGCAAGUGCUUCAGUACACUUUUGUAGUUGCCUGUCUUUGGCCGUUUUAACCAAUGAUUAUGAUCGCUAUCUACUGUGAAUGAAUACCCAUUGUCUCUUCAAAGAAUGUUUUAGUUCUAUUAGGUUAAUUGCCUGAAUCAAAGUGUGAUUAAGAACUGCCAGAACAGACUUGGUUCUGAAUAUUCUUACUUUAGUACGUGAUGUUAUGAUGUUAUGAUGAUGAUUGAUAUAAUGAACACUUUUUUUUUAAAAUGUACUGCACAUUGUGAUUGUGUUGUACUGACUUUCAAAGGUAGGAUUUUUGAUAGGUUUGUGUUUUUGUUACAAACUAAAUUUUAACACGAGUGAAUGACAACAAUUUAUCCAAGAAAAAUUAGACAAUAUUGUGCUAUUAGAUUAUUUCCCCUGCAUGUAGGUAAAGCACUUUUAUGAUGGAUUAUGAAUAUUGCUUUAUUACCAAUACACAACACGUACAGUAAUGUAAAACAAGUAUUAUCGGUUUAGAUCCAUAGUAUGUUACUAUAUUGUAUUUGGACUGAAUAGUUGUUAAACUUCACUAAUAAAACUCUUCAUGUCUUCCAAGGCA